CAAAACAAGCAAAUGUUAACGGUCUUUUUCAAUUUUAUUGUAGCUAAAACUAUCAACCAACAUAAUAUUUGUGGGUGCAGUGCCUUUUCUUACAUCUCAGAACUAUUAUUAACAAUAUUUCAACAUGUACAUAAAGUCAAUUGUGCUCGAUGGAUUCAAAUCAUAUGGUAAUCGUGUGGAGGUGACCGGUUUUGAUCCUGAAUUUAAUGCAAUCACAGGUCUUAAUGGUACUGGAAAAUCAAACAUUCUCGACUCUAUAUGCUUUGUUCUGGGGAUUACAAAUUUGUCUAAUGUGCGAGCGGGCAGUCUACAGGAGCUGAUCUACAAGCAUGGGCAGGCGGGCAUCAUCAAGGCAACGGUCAGCAUCACAUUCGACAACCGUGACAAGCGCCAGUGUCCUGUCGGUUACGAGAACCAUGAUGAGAUAACUGUUACACGACAGGUGGUGAUGGGCGGCAAGAACAAAUAUCUGAUAAACGGCAUCAAUGUGCAGAACAAGCGCGUCAAUGACAUGUUCUGCUCCGUGCAGCUCAAUGUCAACAACCCUCACUUCCUCAUCAUGCAGGGCCGCAUCACCAAGGUUCUCAACAUGAAGCCACCGGAGAUCUUGUCCAUGGUGGAGGAAGCCGCGGGGACCAGAAUGUACGAGGCCAAGAAGCAAGCCGCACAGAAAACUAUAGAGAAGAAGGAUGCCAAGCUGCGGGAGUUGAAUGAUAUAAUCAAGGAGGACAUAGCGCCCAAGCUGCAGAAGCUGCAAGACGAGCGGUACCAGUUCCAGGAGUACCAGAAGGUGGUGCGCGAGGUGGAGAACUUGAGCAGGCUGUGCACCGCGUGGACGUACGUGCAGGCGCAGCAGGCGGCGGAGGAGGCCGCGGAGAGAGCGGCGCAGGCGCAGCGCGACAUCACCAACAAGCGGGAGGAAAUCGCCGCCAACUGCGCCGGCGUCCUGCAGCUGGAGGAGCAGAUGGCCGCGCUCAACCGCCGCCUGGAGGAGGUCACUUCAUGCGCACUGGGCGGGCCGGGCGGGCUGCAGGAGGCGCUGGGCGGGGCGGAGCGCGCGGAGGCGGCGUGCGCGGCGGAGGUGCGGGGCGCGCGCGAGGCGGAGGCGGCGCACGCGGCGCGCGCCCGCCUGCUCGCGCGCGCGCUGCACGACGACACCGCCGCGCUGCGCACCAAGGAGGAGGAGCUGCUCGCCGUGUCGUCGCGGUUCGAGAGCCUGAAGAGCGCCAGCGAGGCGAGCGCGGCGGCGCUGGCGGAGGCGCAGGCGCGCUUCCUGGCCGUCAGCACCGGCCUCGAGGGCGGCUCCGAGUCCCUGCAGGACCAGCUCAUGGCGGCGAAGCAGGAGGCGUCGGAGGCGGCGACGCGUAUGGCGCAGAGCCGCAUGCAGCAGGAGCACGCCCAGGGCAGGCUGCGCGCGCUGCAGCGGGAGGCGGGCGCCAGCGGGGCGCAGCACGCGCGGGACCAGCGCGACAUCGCCGAGCACCAGGCGCAGCUGGACCGGCUGCAGGAGGAGAUGUCGCGGCUGGGGUUCGAUGAGGAGCGCUGCGAGACGCUGGUGCGGAGGUCGCGCUCGCUGGCGGGGGAGACGCGGGCGCGGCGCGAGGCGGCGGAGGCGCUGGGGGCGCGGCUGCAGCGCUGCGACUUCCGCUACCAGCCGCCGCAGACCAACUUCGACCACGGCCGCGUCGCCGGCACGGUGUGCCGGCUGGUGGACGUGAAGGACCCCAAAUACUGCACCGCGCUCGAGACCGCCGCCGGCGGACGGCUGUACAACGUGGUGGUGGACACGGAGGUGACCAGCAAGCUGCUGCUGGAGCGCGGCCAGCUGCAGACGCGCACCACCAUCAUUCCUCUCAACAAGAUCUCGGCGCGCGUCAUCGACCGCGACACUCUGCGAGUUGCCCGGGAGGUGGGCGGCGGCGCGGACAAGGUGCAGCUGGCGCUGGACCUGGUGUCGUUCCCGGAGCGGGUGCGCGCGGCCAUGAGCUGGGUGUUCGGCGGCGCGCUGGUGUGCGCUGACCUCGACACUGCGCGGCGCGUCACCUUCCACCCGCGUGUGCGCUGUCGCUGCGUCACGCUCGACGGCGACGUCGUCGACCCCGCCGGCACGCUCUCCGGCGGCGCGCGCAUCAAGGGCGGGUCGGUGCUGCUGCAGCUGCAGGAGCUGAAGCAGCUGGAGGCGGCGGCGCGCGCGGCGGAGGAGGAGCUGGCCGCCUGCACCGCAGACCUCGCUAACUUGCAGCUGCUCGCCGACAAACACAACGCUCUCAAACAGAAGGUGGAGGUGUCGUCGCACGCGCUGCAGGUGCUGCGCGCGCGCGUGGCCGCCACCGCGCACGCGCAGCUGCACGACGAGAUCGACGCGCUGCAGAAACAGGUGGAGGAGCUGGGCGCGGCGCUGGAGAGGGACCAGCGCACGCAGCGCGAGGCGGCCGCGCGCGCCGCAGACCUCGAGGCCAAGGUGCGGGACAUCAAGGGACACAGGGAGAGAGAGUUCAAGAAGGCGGAAGAGGCGCUGAGAAAGGCCAAGCUGGACGCGGAGAGCGACAGCGCGUCGUGGAAGCGUCGCGAGCAGGAGUUCGAGACGCUGAAGCUGGAGGUGGCGGAGCUGCGGCAGGCGGCGGCGGCCGGCGAGCUGCAGCUGGCCGAGGGGGAGCGCCUCGCAGCAGACCUGCAGCAGGCGCUGCUCCACGCCACCGACACACACAAGGAAGCCGCGGAAAAGGUGAAAGGUCUACAAACGAAAAUAAAGCAAAAGAAAGCGGAGAUAGCGAGCAAGAACGCGGACGUGGCGCGGCUGGCGAGCAAGGUGGACGUGCUGGUGCGCACCAACGGAGACCUCGAGCUGGCCAUCAAGCGGCUGGAGUUCAGCGCCAAGGAGCUGCAGGCGGAGGCCGCCACCUGCCAGAAAAAGAUAAAGAGUUUGGAGGAGAGCAACUCGUGGAUAUCGUCGGAGCGGGAGUACUUCGGCGCCGCGGGCGGGAUGUACGACUUCGCGGGGCGCGGCGCGGGCGCGGCGGCCGAGCGCCUGGCGCAGCUGCGGGAGCGCCGCGACAAGCUGGCCCGCGGACUUAAUGCGCGCGCGCACACGCUGCUCGGCAAGGAGGAGGAGCAGUACCAGGACGUGAUGCGCAAGAAGAAGAUCGUGGAGGCUGACCGCGCCAAGCUGGUGCAGGUGAUGGCCGAGCUCGACGAGAAGAAGAAGCUCACGCUCAUCGCCGCCUGUGAGCAGGUGAAUCGCGACUUCGGGUCCAUCUUCAGCUCGCUGCUGCCGGGCGCCCAGGCGCGCCUCACGCCGCCGCCCGGACUCACGGUGCUCGAGGGGCUGGAGGUGAAGGUGGGGUUCAACCGCGUGUGGAAGGAGUCGCUGGGCGAGCUGUCGGGCGGGCAGCGGUCGCUGGUGGCGCUGUCGCUGGUGCUGGCCAUGUUGCUGUUCAAGCCGGCGCCGCUCUACAUCCUGGACGAGGUGGACGCCGCGCUCGAUCUCUCCCACACGCAGAACAUCGGCCAGAUGCUCAAGGAGCACUUCAAGCACUCGCAGUUCAUCAUAGUGUCGCUGAAGGACGGCAUGUUCAACAACGCCAACGUGCUGUUCCGCACGCGCUUCGUGGACGGCAUGUCCACCGUGCAGCGCACAGUCAACACGGCGCGCUGACCACGCCCACUGACACGCCCGCUGCCACGCCCACUGACACGCCCGCUGCC